AUGUCAAAUAUCACAGAUCAGAAUCAGGCACAUGAUCAACAAGAUCCAUGUGUAAUCAUUGAUGGUAUAAAUUGGUUCUAUUAUUGGGAUGUUGACACUCUUCGCUUUGGUCUUAACUAUAAAACACGAACGGAUGAUUUGUUUAUUGCAACUUAUCCAAAAAGUGGAACGACGUGGAUGAAAACUAUUAUUUAUACGUUAUUGGCGAAUGGGCAAGCUUUCGACAGCGAUUAUAAAGAUUUUUUUGAACGAUUUCCCUAUCUUGAAUUAGACGACGAACAAGCUAUUAUCAGUAUGCGACGACCGGGCGCUUUACGGACCCAUUUACCCAUAAAUCGCAUUCCGCACAAUGUAAAAGCAAAAUAUAUUUGCGUGAUUCGAAAUCCAAAAGAUGUUUGUGUAUCCUACUAUUUAUUCUACAAUACAUGGGGUGGUGUGCAUCACUUGGAUUUCAAUCAAUUCUUUGAACGUUUUAUACAUGGUCGUCUACCAUUCAACGACUAUUUUGAAUGUCUUCGGCUAACUUGGGAACGUCGUAAUGAUGCGAACGUUCUUCUUAUUUCUUAUGAAGAAAUGAAAACAAACAUCCGAACUGUUAUAGAAAAUGUUGCUGAUUUUAUCAAUGUUGAUUUGACCGACCAACUUCUACAUAAAGUUAUUCACUACUCAUCAUUCGAAUACAUGAAAAAUAAAUACGAUAAUGAACGACGGAAGUUCGAAGGUAAAUACAUUCAAGAAAUACAAGAUGAAAUUGUUCGUGCUCGAAUGUUAAAACAAUUGGACGGAGAGCCUAAUAUGGAAAUAGUACGUAAAGGAGAAAUUAACGAUUGGAAAACGUUCAUGUCUCAAGAGCAAAGUCAACGGAUUAAAGAGAAAUUUAUUGAAACGUGUCAAAAAUGUGACGGGCUAGAAAGUUAUUGGUCGAAAUGGAAUAUUUUUUGA